AUGCAACCCUUAGGUGAUGCGCAGUCGACCCUCUUCCCAAAGAUCACCUCCAAAAUACACAUGAUACACACAGAGAUUAGGAAGCGCCCAUUGCCGCUUAGGCCAGGCAUACUUCCAGUGGUGGGAACAGUGAAGCUGCAUGGAACGCACGCAGAUAUAGUCUUCCCAGACCCGUGGACUUCGGACGACUUCACACUUCAGUCACGGAACCGAGUGGACCUCACGCCGGAUCGCGACAACCAGGGCUUUGCGGCAUUCGCGCUUGCACGCAAGCCGCGGAUCCUCGAGCUCAGGACGCGAAUCCUGGACCGCUAUUGUGAGCUCAACGCGUCCUCCCCUGGAGCAACAUCACAACCCCUGAUCAUAGCCGGCGAGUUCAUCGGCUCCGGCAUGCGCCAGCUGACCGGCACGGCGGUCAACACGCUGCCGUACCAGGCCUUCGUCGUCCUGGGCCUCAACAUCAACGCCCGCUGGCAGUGUGAUGAGGACUACACGUCGAUCUGCGACGGCUUUGGCGGCGAGGACGACCGAAUCUACCACAUCUCCCGCGGCGGCUUCUUCCACGAGAGGCUGCAAUUGACGCAACCGGAUGGCGGCAUCCGGAACUUGAUGGAACACAUGAACGCCGUGGCGGCACGGUGUCCGUUUGCGGCGUCGAUCGGAGUGGAGGGCAUUGGGGAGGGCGUGGUAUGGAAGCCCUACGACGAUGGCGGCGACGAUGCAGAUGAUGAAGACGACAACCAUGCAAACACGCCCCAGAGAAGAGCCAAGACGUACUUGCCGCCCGAGUUCUGGCUGAAGACCAAGGCCGAAGAGUUUUGGCACACACAAAAGCCGUCCGUUCGGCCGAGGUGGAAGCUCGGCGUCACCAAGGAGACGGCUAAGGAGUUUGCAACGGAGAAGGUGACGGAGCGCCGGUUGCAGCAGGGGCUGGAAUAUCUGCACGAGAUGGGAAUCGACGCCUCGACGAAAAGGGGCCUCGGAGACUUUAUCAACUGGCUCGCGAAGGAUGUGCAGGUCGAGGAGGCCCUGGAAAUCAAGGAGAUGGGCAUGGAACCGGCGUGGGUCAGCGCCGAAGUGCGGACUAUAGCCAAGGCUUGGUAUUUGAAAAGAAUUGACACACAAUCUAACGUCAGUGGGACAUAG